CAAUAAAAAAUGGGUCCUACAACGCGUUCUUCAACCAAACCUAAAAAGAAACGUGUUGGGGUGACAAAAAAGAAGCCAUCCGAAGAAGUCAACCGAACCUCUCCCGAUUCUCUCCAUCUUGCUGCUAUGGAGCAAACGAUUUCCCAGUUGCAAAGUCAACUGGCUGCCUUAACAGUGCCCAUGGCUUCGCCCACAGCAGGGACGAGUGUCGCUGAUCUUCCUCGCCGGUCAAUUCAACCCCCUUUCAUUGACCUAUCCCAGCCAUCAGGUGGGUCACAGCGUCCUCCGUCAUAUAUGGGCUUGCCCGCACUGGAUCCGACUCUAUCCAAGCAGCUGGCUGAUCGUCUCUCGUUUAUCCAGUUGCAUAAACUGCAGCCUAUGCAUCGUGGUAUCGAUACAUCAUCGGAACCCAGCACUUAUAUUGCUGAUUCGGAGGGCAAGCUUAUUCCUGCAGCUUCAACCACCAGCCGCAGAAAAAUCGACAGCUUCAAUUCCUGGCUGGAGGCAUUUUUAAUUUUCAUCCGUUAUCGCAUCUUCCAUCAUCCAGACUUGGCCCCGGGUUUUCUGGCUUACAUUGAUAUCAUUAGAGGUUUAGCAUUAACACGACCUUUAUUGAUUUGGUUAGAUUACGACCGCCGGUUUCGUGAAAGGAUGACCUUCCCUGAUGUGAAUGAAACAGCUUGGUUUUCGGAAGAUUCGUCCAUCAUGGCGGAUGUGUUGCGUUCCAUCCCUACCUUUCCCGCGGUUUACCAGCCACCUCCGCAGAACUUAAGUUUUACCUCAUCACUUCAAUUGCCGCCGCAUCCCAAUGCCGCUUUUAAUCCAUCUGCAAAGCCGCCUUACGGAUGCUUCGUCUGCCGCGAUCCGAAUCAUUACGCGACCUUUUGUCCUCAACGUGCAAAGCCUGUUAUGUCAAACGCUCCAUCUCAGCCAUCCGCCUCUCGUUUAACGCAGCCCUUUCGCGGGCCCCGCGUUGCCGUAUGCAGGGACUACAACGCGGGAAAGUGCCAGUCCCCAUGCCCCCAUCGAAGAAUACAUGUGUGCGACCAGUGCUUCGAAACCAGUCACACUCGCGAGCACCAUACCGGUCCCAGUAGCAGCUAACCCAUUUACGCCACUCCGCCCUUUUAAGUUCCUGGGUUAUUUGCGAUGCCCGUUGAUGAAUCAAGCGCAGUUUAACUGCACUAUUACUUCGCUACUGCACGCUCAUUUAGCCCCCUCAAGCCGUCAGGCAUACGGAUCUGCACUACGUUGCUUCAACAGCUUUUGUUCUACUUUCAAGUACAUACAGAUGCCCACGGAUUCUCAUGUCCUUCAGAAUUUUGUGGCAUUCUUGUACCAGAAAGGUCUUUCGUGUGCAACUGCACGGGUAUACCUUUCUGCCGUUAUCACUCAUCAUCUUUUAAACGGCCAUCGCGAUCCCUUGCCGGAUAAGCGGUUUGUGGCAUUCAUGUUUUCUGGAUGGACGAGAAUCCGUGGGCAAUCUGUCCGCAAACGCGAUGGAAUUACUUUGGACAAACUAGU